GACAGAGUGAAAAGGUUACAGGCUGACUAGGUAUAAGUCUAUGCUGAGAACUUUCCCGCCGUUUGGGUGGCGUGUCAAGUCAACAAUUACAACACCCCACAUUCCCGCCGCCCAAUCGCUUAUUUCUUUCUCUCUCACUGAUCAUUCGUCUUCAUUCCAUCGGGAACUAAACGUCAAAUUCACUCCACUUACAUCCUCCCUUCCCAAAUGCAGCUUCGAUCGCGUAAAAGGACCUCCAACUUCUCUGCCAAUGUUGGAUGAUCUCUCCGAUUCAGAAACCUAUGUCCCUUCCUCCGAUUCUGAUCUAGGGGAAGAGGAGAUUCUGGACUUAAACCAUAAAGCAGUGAAACCUGCUCCUAUCACCAUUUCUGAUUUUACUGAGCCUCCAACAAACAGAGGCAAUGGUGAACAGAUACUAUCUGAGCAAAAUGAAAGCCAGUUUGACUUUAAUGUGUCAACCGCAAAGAAGAGAAACAAUACAAAAAGGAAAAAGAAGGCUAGGUCUGGGCAACCGUUAAUGUGGGAAGUUUGGGAACAAGAGCAUGAGAAAUGGAUUGAUGAGAAUUUGACAGUAGAUGUUGAUCUUGAUCAACAGAAUGCGGUAAUAACUGAGACUUCUGACGCAUCAUCCGACUUAAUUAUUCCUUUGUUGAGGUACCAAAAGGAAUGGUUGGCCUGGGCUCUGAAACAGGAAGACUCAAAUACCAAAGGGGGAAUCCUUGCAGAUGAGAUGGGAAUGGGGAAGACAAUUCAAGCGAUAGCCCUUGUCCUUGCCAAACGUCAAGUACUCCAUACAAUUGGUGAACCCAAUGUUUCGUCACAGACUGCAGGUUCAUCAACAGAUUUGCCCAGGAUAAGAUGCACACUUGUUAUUUGUCCGGUUGUUGCGGUGAGUCAGUGGGUAAGUGAGAUUGAUCGGUUUACUUCAAGGGGAAGCACAAAGGUGUUGGUUUACCAUGGUGCCAAUAGAGGGAAGAAUGUGAAACAGUUCUCAGAAUAUGAUUUUGUAAUAACAACAUAUUCGAUUGUUGAGGCUGAAUAUAGGAAAUUCAUGAUGCCACCAAAGGAGAAAUGCCCUUACUGUGGGAAAUCAUUUCACCAAAAGAAGCUCUCUGUUCACUUGAAAUAUUAUUGUGGCCCUGAUGCUAUUAAAACAGAAAACCAAUCUAAGCAAGAGAGAAAGAAACCAAAGUCUAUGUUCAAGUCAGGCAAAAAACAUGCUAGUAAUUAUGAAGCUGAUUCCAGAAAGAGGGGUAGCAAGAAGAAAGCAAAGCAUAAUAGGGAAGACAAAGACAGAGACUUUGAGUUUGAUGAAACUUCUGCAGGCAAAGAACAUAACUUGCCUGAGGGAAAAUCACUUCUACACUCUGUGAAGUGGGAGCGCAUCAUCUUGGAUGAGGCUCAUUUUGUGAAAGAUAGACGUUGUAAUACUGCAAAGGCUGUCCUUUCUUUGGAAUCCUUAUACAAAUGGGCUUUGAGUGGCACUCCACUACAGAAUCGUGUUGGAGAACUGUACUCUUUGGUUCGCUUCUUGCAAAUAGUUCCAUACUCCUAUUACUUGUGCAAAGAUUGUGACUGCAGAACUCUUGAUUAUAGUUCAUCAACACAAUGCCCAAACUGCCCCCAUAAUUCUGUGAGGCAUUUUUGUUGGUGGAAUAAGUACGUGGCUACGCCAAUACAACAUUAUGGAAAUGGUGAGAUCGGGAAAAGAGCUAUGAUAUUGCUAAAACACAAAAUUUUGAAGAACAUCGUCCUAAGACGUACCAAGAAAGGCAGGGCUGCUGAUCUUGCUCUUCCUCCUAGAAUUAUUUCCUUGAGACGGGACACCAUGGACAUUAAAGAAACCGACUAUUAUGAAUCUUUGUACAGUGAAAGUCAGGCACAAUUUAACACAUAUGUUCAAGCAGGAACUGUAAUGAACAAUUAUGCUCACAUUUUUGACCUCCUCACACGCUUGCGGCAGGCUGUUGAUCACCCUUACCUUGUAGUAUAUUCGAGUACUGCUGCACAAAGAGCUGGAAACAUGGUAAAUGGUGAUAGGAAUGAUGAUGAACAAGUUUGUGGCAUUUGCAAUGAUCCUGCAGAAGAUCCAGUGGUUACAGCAUGUGCACAUGUCUUCUGCAAAGCUUGUCUGAUUGAUUUUUCUGCCUCCCUGGGAAAUGUCUCAUGCCCCUCAUGCUCAAGAUUACUUACUGUUGAUCUGACUACGAAUGCAGAUGGAGGGCAAUCUAGCAAAACAACACUGAAGGGGUUUAAAUCCUCAAGUAUUCUGAACAGAAUUCAAUUAAAUGAUUUUCAGACGAGCACUAAAAUAGAGGCUUUGAGGGAAGAAAUCAGAUUCAUGGUGGAAAGAGAUGGUUCUGCGAAAGGAAUUGUUUUCAGCCAAUUCACAUCUUUCUUGGAUAUCAUAAAAUACUCCCUUCAUAAGUCCAGCAUAAAAUGUGUUCAACUAGUAGGGAGCAUGUCCUUGGCUGCGAGAGAUGCUGCAAUCAAGAGUUUUACUGAGGAUCCAGAUUGCAAGAUAUUUCUCAUGAGUUUGAAAGCUGGAGGUGUUGCCCUUAAUCUCACAGUUGCAUCACAUGUUUUCUUGAUGGACCCGUGGUGGAACCCAGCUGUGGAGCGCCAAGCACAAGAUAGGAUACACCGAAUAGGGCAAUGUAAACCAAUAAGGAUUGUGAGGUUUGUUAUUGAGAACACAAUAGAGGAGAGGAUAUUAAAGCUGCAAGAAAAGAAGGAAUUAGUGUUUGAAGGGACGGUGGGUGGCUCCACAGAGGCUCUAGGAAAAUUGACGGAGGCAGACAUGAGAUUUCUAUUUGUGUGAGCUGAGCUGGGUUGGGUUGGGUUGGGUUGUUGAAGCCAAGUUCUAGUGAAAUGUAAAAUACUUCUCUUUUCUGUUUCUGCCUUGGACAUGUAAUGUUUGGAACUUAUAGAGUUAAUGACAUUAUCUCUCUCAAAACUCAUUGAAUUUA